AUGAAGAGGGGUUGUGUGGAGAUUCCCAGCUCCAACACCAGGGUAGCGUCCAUAAAGGACUCGUUGGCCCCAGAGUCAAUGAGCACCCGGAGAUAUUUUGACCGGUCCACCCACCUCAGGAUGGCAUGGAGAGGGGUGCGAGUCCCUCCCAACUGCCUGCCCCAGAUCACUCCCUACUGCCUUCCCCAGGUCCCUCCCUACUGCCUUCCCCAGAUCACUCCCUACUGCCUGCCCCAGAUCCCUCCCUACUGCCUGCCCCAAAUCACUCCCUACUGCCUGCCCCAGGACCCUCCCUACUGCCUGCCCCAGAUCACUCCCUACUGCCUGCACCAAAUUACUCCCUACUGCCUGCCCCAGAUCACUCCCUACUGCCUGCCCCAGAUCACUCCCUACUGCCUGCCCCAGGUCCCUCCCUACUGCCUUCCCCAUAUCCCCCCACUACCUGCCCCAGAUCCCCCCACUACCUGCCCCAGAUCACCCCACUACCUGCCCCAGAUUCCCUCACUACCUGCCCCAGAUCCCUCCAUACUGCCUGCCCCAGAUCCCCCCACUGCCUGCCCCAGACCCCCCCCCCACUGCCUGCCCCAGAUCCGUCCAUACUGCCUGCCCCAGAUCCCCCCACUGCCUGCCCCAGAUCACUCCAUACUUCCUGCCCCAGAUCCCCCCACUGCCUUCCCCAUAUCCCCCCACUGCCUGCCCCAGAUCCCUCCCUACUGCCUGCCCCAGAUCCCCCCACUGCCUGCCCCAGAUCACUCCCUACUUCCUGCCCCAGAUCCCCCCCACUACCUUCCCCAGAUCCCCCCACUGCCUUCCCCAGAUCCCCCCACUACCUUCCCCAGAUCCCCCCCACUACAUGCCCCAUAUCCCCCACUGCCCCAGAUCCCCCACUGCCUGCCCCAGAUCCACCCCACUGCCUGCCCCAGAUCCCCCCCACUACCUUCCCCAGAUCCCCCACUGCCUGCCCCAGAUCCCCCCACUACCUUCCCCAGAUCCCCCCCACUACCUGCCCCAUAUCCCCCACUGCCCCAGAUCCCCCACUGCCUGCUCCAGAUCCCCCCACUGCCUUCCCCAGAUCCCCCCACUGCCUUCCCCAGAUCCCCCCACUACCUUCCCCAGAUCCCCCACUGCCCCAUAUCCCCCACUGCCCCAUUGCAGCACCGAUGCACUGCGCCACCGUACCCCAGGUCCCUCCCUACUGCCUUCCCCAGAUCACUGCCUGCCCCAGAUCCCUCCCACUGCCUGCCCCAAAUCACUCCCUACUGCCUGCCCCAGGUCCCUCCCUACUGCCUGCCCCAGAUCACUCCCUACUGCCUGCCCCAUAUCCCCCACUGCCCCAGAUCCCCCACUGCCUGCCCCAGAUCCACCCCACUGCCUGCCCCAGAUCCCCCCCACUACCUUCCCCAGAUCCCCCACUGCCUGCCCCAGAUCCCCCCACUACCUUCCCCAGAUCCCCCCCACUACCUGCCCCAUAUCCCCCACUGCCCCAGAUCCCCCACUGCCUGCUCCAGAUCCCCCCACUGCCUUCCCCAGAUCCCCCCACUGCCUUCCCCAGAUCCCCCCACUACCUUCCCCAGAUCCCCCACUGCCCCAUAUCCCCCACUGCCCCAUUGCAGCACCGAUGCACUGCGCCACCCAGCAACCACCACACGGCCCGCCGGAGUCUCCAGCGACAACAGGAGGGACCAUAUUCCAAUUUCUGCUUCCUGUCAGCGGCGAAUCCCAGGGCGCUACCCUCACUCUCCGAUCCUCCUCCCUGAUCGGUGGCUCCCCUGCCUGUUCGGGCGGUUCUCGGCGGUCGCCAUCGCCGGUCUACCAGCCCCCACCGUCGCCGGUCUACCAGCCCCCACCGUCGCCGGUCUACCAGCCCCCACCGUCGCUGGUCUACCAGCCCCCGCCGUCGCCGGUCUACCAGCCCCGGUCUACCAGCCCCCACCGUCGCCGGUCUACCAGCCCCCACCGUCGCCGGUCUACCAGCCCCCACCGUCGCCAGUCUACCAGCCCCGGUCUACCAGCCCCCACCGUCGCCGGUCUACCAGCCCCGGUCUACCAGCCCCGGUCUACCAGCCCCCACCGUCGCCGGUCUACCAGCCCCCACCGUCGCUGGUCUACCAGCCCCCACCGUCGCCGGUCUACCAGCCCCCACCGUCGCCGCCCCCACCGUCGCCGGUCUACCAGCCCCCACCGUCGCCGGUCUACCAGCCCCCACCGUCGCCGGUCUACCAGCCCCGGUCUACCAGCCCCGGUCUACCAGCCCCCACCGUCGCCCCCACCGUCGUCGGUCUACCAGCCCCCACCGUCGCUGGUCUACCAGCACCCACCGUCGCCGGUCUACCAGCCCCCACCGUCGCCGGUCUACUAGCCCCCACCGUCGCCGGUCUACUAGCCCCCACCGUCGCCGGUCUACCAGCCCCGGUCUACCAGCCCCGGUCUACCAGCCCCCACCGUCGCCGGUCUACCAGCCCCCACCAUCGCCGUCUACUAGACCCCACCGUCGCCGGUCUACCAGCCCCGGUCUACCAGCCCAGCCCCGGUCUACCAGCCCCGGUCUACCAGCCCCGGUCUACCAGCCCCGGUCUACCAGCCCCGGUCUACCAGCCCCGGUCUACCAGCCCCGUUGACAUGACUCUCUCCAACACGGAUGUGUGUCACCCCUCUGUCCACAGACCAAAUGGUAUUGUCCAAUACUGA